AUGGUGUGGAAGAAAAAAGGGAGAUGUAUUGGAGACAAAGAAAGUCGUGCUCUUUGGUUAAAACAUGGCGAUCGAAAUACUAAAUUUUUCCACUUCAAAGCUUCUGCUAGAUGGAAAAAGAAUACAAUUUCGGGGCUGUUUGAUGAUCGUGGGAAGUGGUGCACCUCUGAUGAUGAUCUAGCUGCUGUUGCAAUUAAUUAUGCUACUGAAAACUGUGCAUUACUGGAGCCAUUUACAUGUGAAGAAAUUAAGUCCACUUUAUUCCAAGUUCACCCUCUAACGGCCCCGGGAAAGGAUGGGUUACCGGGUCUUUUUUUCCACAAAAAUUGGGACUUAAUUGAGUCUGAAUUCACUGCUUCCUGCCUUGAUAUUUUGAACCACAAUUUGGAUUGCAGGAAAAUAAAUGAGACUCUUAUUUGCCUCAUUCCAAAGGUGAAGCAACCUACUAAGAUGUCGGAGUUCCGUCCUAUUAGCCUUUGUAAUGUGGUUUAUAAGGUGGUAUCUAAAUGCCUCGCCAAUCGUAUGAAACUAAGUAUGAAUUUAGCAAUCUCAGAAAACCAAAGUGCCUUUAUUGGUGGAAGGAUCAUUCAAGAUAAUGCCAUUCUUGGAUUUGAAAGUCUUCAUUGCAUGAGCAAAGGUCGUUUUGGAAAUAGGGGCAAGAUGGCUUUAAAACUUGAUACGUCUAAGGCGUAUGAUCGAGUAGAAUGGGAUUUCUUGGAAGCGAUGAUGGAGCGUCUGGAUUAUGAGGAUGAAUGGAUUAAGAAAGUUAUGAACUGUGUAAGAUCGGUCUCCUUCUCAGUUAUAUUAAAUGGGUCGAUAAAAGGUCUCUUUCAACCGGGUAGAGGCUUAAGACAAGGAGACCCCCUUUCUCCUUUCUUAUUUCUCCUUUGUUCUGAAGGUCUUUCAUGUCUUAUUCAAGAAGCGGAAAGGCUGGGAAAAUACACGGUUUACGCUUUGGAAGCUUGGAUCACAGGCUUUCCCACCUAUUCUUUGCAGAUGAUAGCCUUGUCUUUCUCGAUGCUACUAUGGAGGAGUGUAAGGCGAUCAAAGAAGUUCGGGAGAGGCAUUCUCAAGGAUAUAGAGAGUAUGAUUGCUCGGUUUCGGUGGGGCUCUACUUCCAAUAAACACAAGCUCCAUUGGGGUAAUUGGAAGAAAUUGUGUAGACUUAAGGAGCAAGGAGGCAUUGGCUUUCAGGAUCUAGAAGAUUUUAACCAAGCAAUGUUGGCUAAGCAAGGCUGGAAGUUGAUGACCGAGCCAGCUUGUUUAAUGACUAGGGUGAUUAAAGCUCUAUAUUUUCCUCAUGGUACCUUUACGGAAGCUAGUUUAGGUCACUACGGGUCUACAGUGUGGCGAAGCAUUGUUUGGGGUAGGGAGAUCUUACUUAAAGGCUCUCGGUGGUGUGUUGGAAACGGUUGUACUAUUCGAAUCAAUGAAGAUGCUUGGCUUCCAAGAGGAAUCCCUUUCUCUCUCCGAUCAAAAGGUAUGCUCCCUGAAGGUACCACUUUAGACAAGUUGAUUAAUGAUGAAGGAAAUUGGAAAGUCAAUGAAGUUUAUAGUUGGUUUCAUAAAGAUGACAUACCUUAG